AUGCGUUUUUUUUAUGCUGAUCGAGAACAACGACUUUCUGACGAUCCAGCAGACGCAAGAAAAUGUUUUAAAUCAAAAAUAAGAGACAUCAAUGCUACACACAUUGUUGCUGCUAUUAGCUUCGGCAUCGAUGUUGUUAUCGUUUUACAACUACCACCCGAAGAAAAUACUGCCAGAAAAAUUGAUAUUGCACUUGCUAAAAUUCGAACACGAUUGAAGAAUCGUAACGAGAAUCUUGGUUUUACUGAAGAUGAUGCAAAUAUUCUUCAAGAAGUUAUCGAAAUCAAAGUGUAUUCAAAUGUAACUGAAUUGACAAAAAUGACUUCACUUCUCGCAGUUUGUCAGUUUAUUGAUGGAUACAAACAAAAACGUGACACAUACCGUCCAGUCGAAUACACUCUACGACCUAUUGAAUGGUUAUUUCCUGAUGUUGAUAAAUUAUAUUCACCAUAUACUCCAUUAAACAGUAGGGACAACAACAAGUUAGAACAACAUUUAAUAGAAAAUCUAAACUACUACAAGAAAGUAAAAUAUUUUCUCGAUAGUUAUAGUAAAAAGGCGCUUCCGGACUAUCUCAAAGAACUACUGAUAGAUGUAGAACAAAAAUGGCAAAACUUACAGAAAGUGUAUGAAGACAAAAUUAAGCAAUUAACAACACUAAUGCUUGACAUUCGCAAUAGACAGAAGAAUGCUUCUGAAAUUGAUGAAGCACUUAAACACAAUGAUCAAACAACGUUCAAAGAGAAUAUUCGAGAACUUUUGAAACAACUAAAAGAUAUAAAAGAAAAAACACAAUCGAUCAACACAACACAAGAAGAACAAUUUCAAAAUAACGGACUUUUUGAACCUCAAAAGAAUAAGAAUGACAAUGAACAGACGUUGAAACAUACAUCAACUAUGCAGAACCAACCAAACCAAACAUUAUGUUCUAAUGAUCAAUUAUCCAAUAAUAAUCAAUCGAUAUUAUCAACUGAACAGAAAAAAGAAACAAACAGAAAUAGUCAAUGUUCAUCCACAAAAUCACAGGCUUCUCAUGUAUCUACACCAUCAUCAACAAAUGAAAUUAUUAAUAUUCUUCUUCUUGGUGAAAGCGGUGUAGGUAAAUCGACAUUUAUUAAUGCAUUUGUUAAUUAUCUUACAUUCAAAAUGCUUAAUGAUGCUGAACGUGGCAAACCUAUUGUACUCAUACCUGUUUCAUUUCUCAUGACAAUUGGUAACAAUUUUAACGAGCGUAUAGUAAAAUUUGGUGAUUCGGAUAAUUUCAAUAAUGAAGAUUUCGAUCAUCCAGGUCAAUCAGUAACUCAACAUUGUAAAUCCUAUGUAUUUCAUCUUAAUAGUAAUAAUAAGAGGAAAUUACGCAUUAUUGAUACACCUGGUUUUGGUGAUACACGUGGUUUAGAUCAAGAUGAUGCUAAUAUGCAACAUAUUUUAGAAUAUAUCAAUGAAUUAACACAUUUAAAUGCUAUAUGUUUUCUUCUUAAACCAAAUACAUCACAAAUUAACAGUUUUUUCGUAAAAUGUCUUACUCAAUUAUUCGAUCUUUUGGGUUCAAAUGCACGUCAAAAUAUUAUCUUUUGUUUUACUAAUGCACGAUCAACAUUUUAUACUCCAGGUGAUACAGCUCCAUUACUCAAAUCUAUGCUUCAAUCAUUUUCACUCAAUGAUAUUCCAUUCAAAAAAGAGAAUACAUUCUGUUUUGAUAAUGAAUCAUUUCGAUAUUUGGUUGCGCGACAAAAUCAAAUAGGAUUUACUGAUGAAGAACAUAAUGAAUAUGAAAAUAGUUGGUCGAAAUCAGUUACAGAAUCAAAUCAUCUCCUUCGUUACGUUUCUGAAAAACUGUGCGCUUAUGUCAUACAAGGUAAACAACAAUCAAUCAAACAAACUCAACUACAAAUUAGUCAUAUGAUCCGUCCAAUGUUAGAAGCAAUGCGAAAUAUUCUUCGAAAUUUAAUCCUAUGGAAUAUUUAUACGCCAAAUAAAUUGAUUGAAUUGAAUCCGAUUGUUCUUCAUCGUUCAGCUGCUGUUUGUUACACAUGCCAACCUGAUGUUAUUCAACGUGAUAAAUUUUGGAUUGCAAAGAAUCUUUCACAUGAAAUCCGGAACACAUGUUACUCUUGUAAAUGUGCUUCCGAUCGACAUAUUAGAAUUGAUUAUGAACUCGACUAUACAUGUUCGGAAAGAUGCUCAAAUUACAGUCAAGAUGAAAUAAAGAAAAGCCUAACUCUAUUGCUUCGUGCAAGUGUUGAAUUUGCUUAUUUUCUUAUGAAUGUUGCUCGGUCAUCGAAAGAUGAUCCGUUUUUAAUUGGUAUAGUACACAUGAUUGAUGAGGAAAGUAAUCUCUGUGCAUGUCGAGUGCCGCAUGAAAUGAAUUUAGAAUUAGUGGGAAAACUCAAAGAACUCAUGCUUAGAUUUGAACAAUAUACAUAUGAGCUGGAGUCAAAGCAAGACCAUAGUAAACUACACGAUAUCUAUACAUGGAUUCAAACAAUAUAUGAAAAUCCUAUGGUUCGAGUGCAAAUGGAUGCUAUUAAACAAAGUCGAGAAAUCAUAAUGAAACAAUAUGAAUGUGAAUUUUCAAAUGAUCCGACAAACACAACGAUUUCUUGA